UGGACUUUAACAUUAUGGAGCAGAAUUUGUACAUUCAACUCAACGCACUGAAAUUAAAGUAGCAUAAAAGACAACACAAUAAAAAAAUGUGUAAUUUGUGAUAUUCAGAGAAAACUAGAUAACUUUAGCUCAGAUUUUAAGGAUUUAAUCAUAGUCUUAUAAAUUGUUCCACCCUUUUUGCUUGUUUUUUAUUCGUUUGCUUUUUUUCGGCAUUCUUGUUACUCCAUACUUUCCGUGCUUUGGUCCAAAUCCUACUUUCACAAAUUUAUUUUUAUUAGAAAUUAAGUUUAACUUUAUAACAAACAGAUAAAUCAUUAUUGGAAAUAAUGCUAUGUAUUUAUCAGUAAAAGUAAAAAAAAAAAAUCUAAACAGUAAAAGUAAAGCCCAAAGUCAACUUUGAUUUCACCCCCUCGGCUGAAUAAUGGUACGAGCCCCUCCUGGGUAGUGGCGCCCGGCUCUGCGUGGUAUGGUCUCUCCCUCUUUUCUCGCAGCGAUCAGAGGGACAGCAGGCUGGAAGUGCGUAUGUGAUAUAUGGCACCUCUGGGAGGGGAGCGCUUUGUCUGGCUGGAGCGCAGCGGCGGAGCGAUCUGAACCCUGACUUUUUCUUUUUAUUUUUGCGCCUCUCCUGCUUGUUUGUGGAGAGAAAUCCCUCCGCUUCUCUACCAUCCGAGAGGAGGAAAAACAACUGUGGAGGGCAGCAGAAGUUCCCGGGAUGGAAAUGUAGACACGUCUAGCGCAAGGAUGGUGUGGGGGUAGUUGCAUGGAGUUCCAACUGGGGGCAGUUUCUCGAAAGGAUAGAGGUGGGACAGUCUGAAAAACCAAACUUUUGUUCUCCGCGGAGUGACUCGGUGAAACGGACUGUUUACGCACGGUUUACGCGCACAGAUUUCCAAGCCCCAAAAUGAGCGGGUUUGACAUCCGACUGAGAACACUCAAGCCCGGCCCGAUGGUUUUACUUUUCGUCCUCGCCUUCGUGCUGUCCUGUCACUGCUGUCCGGACAAGUGUGUGUGCUCCUUACCGACUGUGAAAUGCCAAAACCGAGGCCUGGACGCAGUUCCAAAUUCCAUCCCGGCCAAAACCAAAGUCCUCUUCCUCACAGGAAACAACAUUUCAAACAUUAGUAGAGCUUCUUUCCCGACUCGCCUGGAACUCCUAACAGAUCUGUAUCUCAGCGGGAACAACAUGAAGCAUGUGGAAGCAAUGGUAUUUGACAACCUGCCAAACCUUUCCAGGCUGGACUUAAGCAACAACAGUUUCCUGACUUUCGAUGAAAAUGCUUUCCCUCAAGACAAUAACUUGCAGUUUUUAAACCUAAGCAGGUCUUUUCUCAACCAUUCUUUUGCCGAUGUUGUCUUAGAUUUCCUCCACAGCGCAAACCUCCCUCAUCUGAACACUUUGGACCUGUCCAAUAACGACCUGGUGAUUCUUCUAGAUGGCGUCUUCAGCAGCCUCUCCAACCUGACCUCCCUCAGCCUGCAGAACAGCUCUCUCAUCAGCGUCCAGAAUGUGACGCUGAAGUCGCCCCAGCUUCGUGACCUUGACCUGAGGAACAACAGCCUGAGAGCUCUGGACAGCACCACCCUGCUAGACCUCUCCGUCAAGCCUGACCUCCAGCUUCAGCUGACCGGGAAUCCCUGGCGCUGCGACUGCAUCAUCGACGAAAUGCUGAUGUGGCUGAAGAACUCCACUCAGGUGACGGACAAGCAGGACCUCACGUGUGCGGAGCCCGAGUCUCUGAGGCAUCAGCCUCUGCUGCAGGUGGAGCUGUCUCAGCUGAAGUGCUCCAGUGACAUGGAGCGAGUGCUGGAGACUUCCUACGUUUUCCUGGGACUAGUGCUCGCACUGAUCGGCGUCAUAUUCCUGCUGGUGCUAUACCUGAACAGAAAGGGCAUCAAGAGGUGGAUGUACAACAUCCGGGAUGCCUGCAGGGACCACAUGGAGGGUUAUCAUUACAGGUAUGAGAUCAACUCCGACCCGCGUUUGGCCAACCUGAGCAUCAACUCGGACGUGUGAGGGGAGGACGGCUCCAAGUCUGGAUCCCUGCAGUGAGAUGUCAAAUGACUGAGAUUUGCAUGAAAGUCUUCCUCCUUUUGCCCCCUUAUUCCCCCAAGUAGAUUUUGCAUCUAUUAUCGCUUCUGACUUCCCUCUGGCCGCAUGUCCCGCACAAGUACCUGACAGCUGCGACUGCCAGCUGUUUCCCUGUUACAUUGCAUGGACAGUGAGUCUUGGCAAAGGGUCUUCCUGGAGAGCUGCGCAGAGUGACAUGUUCUAUUUUUACUUUUUCCUUAAGGAGUGCAUUGACUUAUAAGUGAAAGCAUACUUGCUGAAAAUAUUCUGCUGGUAAUUGCAUCGCUCUCAUCAAGCCUCUGCUGCAGAGACGUUACACUGCUUGAGUUUUAAUAUAUGAAUAUGUUACCUGCAUUAGCCUUUUUCUGAUUUAUUAUAGUGCACCUUGCAUAGUGUCUGGGUUAAUAGAUGAAUGUGACCUUUAUUUUUUAUUUUUCAUGUGAAAAUAAAAUGCCUCUGGAUUAAUGG